AUGCUCGUAGAGAUGGAGCACGUCGCCACUCGAGGCCUGCCCAAGCCGCGCCCAGCCAUCUACACCUUUGCCAUCGGGGCCUUGCGACGCCAAGGGCUCUGGCAGCAAGCUUUGGACGCUCUUGCCAUGGCCGAAGAUGGAGGCUUGACACUGGAUCUGCCACUCAUCAACACUGCCAUCGGCGUCUGCGGCUACGGGCUGCAGUGGGAGCGGGCACUUGACCUUCUGGCUCAGCUACCAAGGAGGAGUCUUCAGCCAAGCAUCUACAGCUACAACUCCGCGGCAGCGGCCUUCGGAUCGGCGAGGCAGUGGGAACAUGUUCUGGCCCUGGUGGAGACCAUGAACCGAGGGCGCAUUGCCCUCGAUGCUGCAAUGCGAGACUGCGCAGCCAAGUCUGUGGAUGUCGGUCGCAGGCAAAUGCGGAUUGACGCCAUGGACGUGCUUGCUGCGGCAGCAGACUGGCAGGAAGCCCUGGCCAGCCUAUGCAGCUUAGGUAGGCAGGCAGUUCAAGCUGAUGCCCUCAUGCACAAUGUCGUGCUUGAUGCCUGCCGCCGAAGCUCGAACUGGGCAGAGGCGCUGGCACACUUCGAUCGAAUGAAGGCGAACAUAAAACCUACAGCGGCCUCCCUGACCAAUGUCAUUGCCUCGAUGGGCAUUGCGAAGCAGUGGCAGGAGGCACUCCGCAUGUUUUGGCAAACCGGCCAGAGUGACCACAAUAGCCUUCCCGUGGAAGUGGACCUCUACCUCUGCAACGCCGUGUUAGAUGCACUGCGAACUGCAGGCAAGUGGCCACUGGUGCUGCAUCUCCUCUCAGACAUGUCAGCGGCGAAGCUGUGGCUUAUGCCUGGGCUUUUUCUGCCAAAAUCGUUCCUACCCGUUCCAAAUGCAAUGUCUUUCAACAUAGCCAUCAGUGCAUGCGCGGAUGCUGCACUUUGGCAGCCAUCGCUUGCACUUCUUGGAGACAUGAAUCGGCGGAAGACGACGCCAAGCGCAGUGACUUUCAAUGCUGCAAUACUGGUGUGCGGUCAAAGCAACCACUGGCAACAAGCUCUGCAAUUGUUCGAGGAGUUGCAGGAACACCCGACCCUCCAAGCCAACCAGGUGACUUACCUCUCCAUCAUGCAGGCCUUGAGCAAGGCUAAGGUCAGCCAGUUGCCUCGAAUUCUACGCCUGCUCAAUGACAUGAGGAGAAGAAAGAUGAAUCCUGGAGUGGAAGUCUUCAGUGCGGCCAUUACUGCAUGUGGCGACCAGGGCAAGUUCGACACCAUUGCCGGUUUGCUUAAGGACAUGGUCCAGACGGGCAUUGUUCCAAACACUGUUGUUCUGAAUGCCGCAAUGAGUGCGUACAUCGACUGCGGGCAGCUGAAGCAGGCGGACGGCCUCUUUGGUGAAAUGCCACAAUACUCGGUGCAGCCUGACCUGGAGUCGUACAAUACCCUGCUGAAAGGCGCCUCGAAGGAGGGCCUCUGGGAGUUUGCCUUGCAGGUGUUGGAAAGCAUUCGAUCAGCCAAGUAUGCUCCAGAUGUCAUCAGUUACACUGCUGCAAUCCACGCUUGUCGUGAAGGAGUGCUGUGGCGAGAAGCUGUGCACCUGUGCUGGGAGAUGCGCUCACAGAGCAUUCGCCCGGACACCAUGGCUUUGGGCGCCACCAUCAAUGUGUGUGCUGCCUCUACUCACCUGCAUUCGCUGACAGCAGACGAAGGCCUGUCGAGGGGAAGCUGGGCCUUCGCCCUGGGCCUUUUUGGCGAGGCAAAGCUUCGGGGGCUCCCGCUCAGCACGGUUUUCCUGAACAAUGCCCUGCAGGCCUGCGCAAUGGCCUCUGAAUGGGAAGCCUCCCUGGGCUUGGUGGAGGACUUAGCGUCGCCCCAACCCAACCUGGAGCCCAGCCUCGUCACCUCGAACCUACACCUGGCUGCGCUGUGCACCGGCCAUCAGUGGCAGCAUGCUCUGGAUUGCUUGGAGAGAGAGUGGCCGGCACGCGGCCACUCCCCUGAUGCCUCGACCUACAAUGCUGCCAUGGCAGAUGAGCCCGAGGAGCCCGGCUUGGAGAAGGUCAAAGAGUACCUGGUCCGUUGUCUCAUGGUCGACAGCAGCGGUUCGAACUACAUGCCCGGCGGCCAUGUGCUGGACUUGCAUGGAAUGGACGUGCACUCUGCCAAGGCCGCUGUUCGCCUGGCCCUGGACGAUGCCAAGCGCCAGGAAGACGUUCAAGGCGCCCUUCUCAUCAUCACCGGCCGAGGGAAGGACAGCGAGGACGAGCACUCUAUUGUGCAGUCAGAGGUGGCAGCGCUGCUACAGGACGAGCUGAGUAUCCGGGCACGGCCAGCAGAGGGUGGGGGUGGCUUCUACGUUCCGUGGAAAGAGGUUCUGCGCUUGCAGCGAAUCCAUCUUGGAGACACGCCCGACCCGGCAAAGCCGAAGAGAAGACAAUGCAUGCCAUACUCGAUUCCAAAAGGCUGA